GCGCGUGGCGGAAUUGCUGGGGUUAGGGGGAGGAGGCGGCGGCGAUGGCCCGGGUGAGCGCGCGAGACAGGAACAUUUUCGGCCUCGUCGAUGGCCGCAGCAUCGAUUCGCAGGAGGUGCCGUAUCCAUACCAGGAGCACAAUCCAAUGCGAGCGCUCCAAAUGCAUCCAGCUCUUUUAGCUCGCUUGCAUCGCGAAAAGGCCCUCGAGGGUCACAAUGGAUGUGUGAAUUCUUUGGCGUGGAACACAACUGGUUCCCUGUUACUCUCGGGCUCUGAUGACACAAGGGUGAAUGUUUGGGACUAUAACACACGGAAGCUCCUACAAAGUGUUGAUUCCGGUCACAUCGCCAACAUUUUUUGCACAAAGUUCUUACCGGCUAGCGGGGACGACAUUGUUGUGUCUGGAGCCGGUGAUUCGGAGGUGAGGAUACACAGACGGAGUCGUGUGGCUGCUACUGGAAGCAGUGAGCCAUUUGGACUCUUCCGUUGUCAUUCCAAGCGCGUGAAGAAACUGGCUGUUGAAGAAGGAAAUCCACACUUAAUCUGGAGUGCCAGUGAAGAUGGUACUCUUAGGCAACACGACUUACGCCAGUCCGUGACGUGCGGAGCGGAGCAGGAAUGCCGUAAUAUUCUCCUCGAUUUAAGAAAUGGAGCGAAAAAAACCCUGUCUGAUCCUCCCAAAGGAUCUUUUGCUCUGAAGUCAUGCUCUAUAAAUCCGACCCGUCCGCAUCAAAUUCUCAUUGGUGGCAGCGAUUCAUUUGCCCGUCUGUACGAUAGAAGGAUGCUUCCGCCACUGACUCCAUCUGGCCAGCAAUCUAAACCACCAGCUUGCGUUUGCUAUUACUGUCCAAUGCAUCUUUCUGAUCGUGCCAGUUUGCACCUUACACAUGUUACGUUCAGCCCUGAUGGCGGCGAGGUACUUUUGAGCUACAGCGGAGAACACGUCUACUUGUUAGAUGCGUACAAUGGGAAUGAUGCUACCGUUGUCUAUGCUGCCGGUGAUGUUCCGAGAAGGACUGCCUUAGUCCCUAUCGUGAAUGGUCAACAGUAUAAAGUACCCUCAACACAAGAAGUGCCUUCAGGCAAUAAAAGAGUUCUUCUUCGGGAAUGCAAGGAGCUCUUGGAAGAGGCACGGAGAGCCUUAGAAGAAGGAAAUUCAUUCUGUGCGAUUGAAACGACAAGUGAAGUUCUUGAAACUAGUGGAGUUGUCCUGGAACCACAGCUUCGGCAUGAUUUGCUGUGCCUUCGCGCCGGAGCUUUUGUGAAGAGAGGAUGGAAAAACGACAUGCAUAUGGCUGUUCGCGAUAGCAAUGCAGCUCGACUUAUUGAUCCCAUGUCAGUAGUGGCUCAUCACAGAAUGGCCGAGGCACUUUCUCAGUUAGGGAGACAUAAGGAAGCGUGGGAGUUCGCAACGAGAGCUCACCAUCUCGAUCCUGAAGAUGGUACUCUUUCCGAUCAUGUGACGCAGCUGCAUUCGAAGCUUGUUGCUGCCGAGCAAGCUCGGAACGUCUGGAAUAACGAAGAAACAAAACCGGAGAGACGCCCUUCAAGGAUUCAAUCCUUGAGAGAAUUUUUAUUUAGACAGGAACAAGAUCACAGUGAUUCUUCAGAGGAAAGCAGGAGAGCAGAAAGAUAUGACUCUGAUCUUGAAGAAGAGGACAUGGAGAUGGAGAUCGAGAUGUCCGUCACUGAGGACAACGAUCGAGACCGAGAAAGCGGAGCCCCUAGUAGUUUGAACUUAAGAGUUCGAAGAAAAUGUGAUGGUGGUCGAGAGAAGCAGGCAAAUACGGUAGCUUCAGGAGCACCAGAACUACAAACGGACAUUGCUAUGGACAUGCGGCAGCGAUACGUGGGGCAUUGCAACACCGGAACAGACAUCAAGCAGGCGAGCUUUCUCGGAGAAAGAGGGAAAUUCGUUGCGAGCGGUAGUGACGAUGGCCUGUGGUUUAUCUGGGAGAAAGAAACUGGAAGAUUUGUAACGAUGCUAGCCGGAGACGAUAGCGUUGUAAAUUGUAUACAGUGCCAUCCUCAUGAUUGCUUGGUGGCAACGAGCGGAAUUGACAACACUAUUAAGCUCUGGUCACCCAGUUCUAAUACUGAAGCUCGGCGUGCCAAAGGAGCCGACUCUGACGCUCUUCGCAUCAUGGCCGACAACCAACAACAGAUGCGCCGCCAUCGUGAGAUUGGAUUCUUGCUGAUUACUCAAUGGUGGAGUGCCAGGCGGUUCGAAUUUAUGCCAGAGAAUGGACACCUCGGUGGUGCUGAAACCGGAUCUAAUCCCCCGACUGAGUGCUGGGAUUCAUUCCAUCCUUGCCUCUCUUUUUUUUUCUUGUUCUUGUCCUCUGGCUAUGGUGGUCUUCUCGUCGUUUUGGUUUCUUCCUUUCUUUUUGUUUCAUCGAUGUCCUUAACGUUCUUUCAUUGUGUACUAACUCGUGCUUGUGUGGUGUAUUUGUCUUCUUUUGGAACAGGCCAAUAGAACUUCUCCAGCGGAUUAGGGGAGUAGAAGCCGCUGUUCAUCCGUUCGAGUGUACACAAAGCUAGGACAAGAAAGAGCUAGAGGUUUGUUUGAUUGAUCUUUCUUCUUACCUUGGUUUUCUCUCCUCCAAGUUUUCUAGUUCUUUCUCAGCAACAGUGCUUGCAGCUAGGCAAAAAACGAGAUUUGUAAAUAAACGGGCAAGUUAAAAUGGCGCGAGUUUUUUC